CGGCGGGGGUUGCCGCAGCCGCCAUCUUGGAUUCCGCGGUAGCGGUGGCGGCAGUAGGGCGCCGCUGCUGGGGAGUGGCUCGUCCCUCCCCCGCCCCCCGGCGUUCGGUGGCGGCGGCUCCUCCCACUGGGGGGGUGGCGCGGCGGCGGUGGCAUCUAGGGCCAUGGCGGCGACUACUGCUAACCCGGAAAUGACAUCAGAUGUACCAUCACUCGGUCCAAACAUUACCUCUGGAAACCCUGGGCCAGCCAUUCAAGGUGGAGGAACCAUUGUCCAGAGGGCUGUUAAGCGGCGACCAGGGCUGGAUUUUGAUGAUGAUGGAGAAGGGAACAGUAAAUUUUUGAGGUGUGAUGAAGAUCAGAUGUCUAAUGAUAAGGAGCGGUUUGCCAGGUCGGAUGAUGAGCAGAGCUCUGCGGAUAAAGAGAGACUUGCCAGGGAAAAUCAUAGUGAAAUUGAAAGGCGACGGCGGAACAAGAUGACAGCUUACAUCACAGAGUUGUCAGACAUGGUACCCACCUGUAGUGCCCUGGCUCGGAAACCAGACAAACUAACCAUCUUACGCAUGGCAGUUUCUCACAUGAAGUCAUUACGGGGAACUGGCAACACGUCCACUGAUGGCUCCUAUAAGCCGUCUUUCCUCACUGAUCAGGAACUGAAACAUUUGAUCUUGGAGGCAGCAGAUGGCUUUCUGUUUAUUGUCUCAUGUGAAACAGGACGAGUGGUAUAUGUCUCUGAUUCAGUUACUCCUGUUUUGAACCAGCCACAGUCUGAAUGGUUUGGCAGCACACUUUAUGAUCAGGUGCACCCAGAUGAUGUGGAUAAACUUCGUGAACAGCUUUCCACUUCAGAAAAUGCCCUGACAGGGCGUAUCCUGGAUCUAAAGACUGGAACAGUGAAAAAGGAAGGUCAGCAGUCUUCCAUGAGGAUGUGUAUGGGCUCAAGAAGAUCCUUUAUUUGCCGAAUGAGGUGUGGCAAUAGCUCCGUGGACCCAGUCUCCAUGAAUAGACUGAGCUUUGUGAGGAACAGAUGCAGGAAUGGACUUGGCUCUGUGAAAGAUGGAGAACCUCACUUCGUGGUGGUGCACUGCACAGGCUAUAUCAAGGCCUGGCCCCCAGCAGGUGUUUCCCUCCCGGAUGAUGACCCAGAGGCUGGCCAGGGAAGCAAGUUUUGUCUAGUGGCCAUUGGUAGAUUGCAGGUAACUAGUUCUCCCAACUGUACAGACAUGAGUAAUGUUUGUCAACCAACAGAAUUCAUCUCCCGACACAACAUUGAGGGGAUAUUCACUUUUGUGGAUCACCGCUGUGUGGCUACUGUUGGCUAUCAGCCACAGGAACUCCUAGGAAAGAAUAUUGUAGAAUUUUGUCACCCUGAAGAUCAGCAGCUUCUAAGAGACAGCUUCCAGCAGGUGGUGAAGUUAAAAGGCCAGGUGCUGUCUGUCAUGUUCCGGUUCCGGUCUAAGAACCGAGAGUGGCUCUGGACGCGAACCAGCUCCUUUACUUUCCAGAACCCUUACUCAGAUGAAAUUGAGUACAUCAUCUGCACCAACACCAAUGUGAAAAACUCAAGUCAGGAACCACGGCCUACGCUGUCUAACCCAAUCCAGAGGCCACAGCUAGGUCCUACAGCUAACUUACCCCUGGAGGUGGGCUCAGGGCAGCUGGCCCCCAGGCAGCAGCAGCAAACAGAACUGGACAUGGUUCCAGGAAGAGAUGGACUGACCAACUAUAAUCAUUCCCAGAUUUCUGUUCAGCCUGUUGCAACUACAGGGCCAGAACAUGGCAAGCCCCUUGAGAAGUCAGAUAGUCUAUUUGCCCAAGAUAGAGAUCCAAGAUUUUCAGAAAUGUAUUCCAACAUCAAUGCAGAUCAGAGUAAAGGCAUCUCCUCCAGCACUGUCCCUGCCACCCAACAGCUAUUCUCCCAGGGCAACACAUUCCCUCCUAACCCCCGGCCGGCAGAGAAUUUCAGGAAUAGUGGCCUGGCCCCUCCUGUAACUAUCGUCCAGGCAUCGGCUUCUGCAGGGCAGAUGUUGGCCCAGAUUUCCCGUCACUCCAACCCCACCCAGGGAACAGCCCCAACUUGGACCCCUAGCACCCGCCCAGGCUUCUCUGCCCAGCAGGUGGCUUCCCAGGCUACAACCAAGUCUCGUUCUUCCCAAUUCGGCGUGGGCAACUUUCAGUCUCCGUCCUCCUUCAGCUCCAUGUCCCUCUCCAGCACCUCUACUGCAUCAUCUGGUGCUGCUGCCUACCCUAGUCUGACGAGUCGUGGAUCCAACUUUGCUCCUGAGACUGGGCAGACUGCAGGACAAUUCCAGACACGGACAGCAGAGGGUGUAGGUGUUUGGCCACAGUGGCAGGGCCAGCAGCCUCAUCAUCGUUCAACUUCUAGUGAGCAACAUGUUCAACAGCCAUCAACACAACAACCUAACCAGCCUGAGGUCUUCCAGGAAAUGCUGUCUAUGCUGGGAGACCAGAGCAGCAGCUACAACAAUGAAGAAUUUCCCGAUCUAACUAUGUUUCCCUCCUUUUCAGAAUAGAACUGUUGGGGUGAGGAUAAGGGGUGGGGGAGAAAAUCACUUUGUUUUUAAAAAGCAAAUCUUUCUGUAAACAGAAUAAAAAUUCCUCUCCCUUCCCUUCCCUCACCCCUGAUGUGUAUCCCCUUUCCCUUUGGGACUCCCCUGCCCUUCUGCCUCUCUGACCUAACAUUUAUAGAAGAUAUGGAAUGAGUCUCCAAGGAUUUUAGGACCCUUUGAAAAUUUGAGGCUAGAUGAGAUUAGAAUGCCUUUCUUUAUGUCUCCUGACUAUAAGUUGUAUAGUUUUUAUUUGAGCUAGCGUCAAGGGGCUAGUUAGAAAAACCAGACCUCCACUGUUUGCCUUGGAUACUGUGGUGUACUUUUUGAAAGAAAUUCUGAGUGGAGGAGAGAAGAAUGGUCCUCAUAUUUGAGGCCCGUGAAGCAUGGUAGGCAUAUUCGGAGCUUUAGGAAAUGAGCAUAGACUCUUUCUAUUGCCUGUGAGCAGUUCCCCUGGAAAGAAACAUGUGAGUAAGUGAAAGAGAGACAGUGUGUGUGUGUGUGUGUGUGUGUGUGAGCAAGUGUGUUUCUGUGUUUGUUUCUCCCUUUUAGGGAGUUAUGCAAAAAUUUGUCCCAGAUUUUAUCUUUGUCUUUCUGUGUGCUUUUCAAAGAGUCCUAAGGAGUUAAAUCUUCCUUCCACUUAGAAUUGCAGCUAGAGUAUUUAAAUAAAUGUCCUUGCUGCACUAUGUCUAUGCCCAGCCCUACUGUAGGCAGAUACAUAAAAUCUGUUAAUGUGGUUGAUCUAUUAUCAAACAUAUUCAGUGAUAAAGCUAAGUUGCUACCACAUUUGGUGCUCUCACCUUAUCUGGAAGAUCUGCAAACAUUAUCAAAAUAGGCUGGCUAGAUAAAAACUUUCAGAAACCCUGGACGUGGCCAUAAAGAUAAUGCUGCAUUUUCUUCAGAAUCACACAUGAUUUGUGUGUGUGUUUUCUAUAGAGGUUAUUUCUGCAUGGAAACUCAACUUCUUGGAUUAGCAGUCCUAGUGAAAAUCCUCACUGUCAGAGUAUAAGCCAAAUAUAAAUUCUUCUGCAAAGUAGCCUCUUCAAUCCCAUCCUCAAAAUACCCAGGCUAUCGAGAAACAUUUGGGUCUCUCCUGAGCCUGUAGUUCUUUUCUCUUUGCUCUUUCUCCAAUCUUGAGAUUGGGUUUUGCUUUAGAAUGCAAGCAUAAUUCCAUGUGAUAGAUGGGACUUGGACUCCCGUCCCAACAGGGUCACUUGGUAAUUAACUAUAGCCAUAUAAAAGUGGAUACAGGUUUCUAUUCUCACCUUUUACCUUCCUCAGGUUAGUUAUGAAUAUCAGCCUUUUUAAAAAAAAAAAAAAUUGGCUCUGGCCAAUAUCUAAGUGCAAGGCUGAAUUAAUUAGGAGAAGGCAUAUUAAAUGUAGUCACAGGGGACUGAAGAUCACAAAUGGCCUUGGAGAGUCUGAGGGAAUGUCGUUUUCUGGGUUUCCCUCCCUUUUGUCUCCAAUCCAGUAAGAGGUAGUGAGGUGGAAAGGAGACGGUUUAUUUUUUUAUUCUAUGUGCACACAUACAGUAUACAUAUAUAUUUAUAUCACAGUUUAUGAAACCAAAAAGUUGAGUUUCCAAUGGAAUCCUUGUUUUUUUAAUAAUCAACUGUUUUUAAAUAUGAUCAGGACUAUAAUAUUGUACAGUUAUUACAGGACUUUGGGGAGAGGGGAGGGUGGGAGAAGAUGCUCUGGGGGUUUUGUUUCUGCUUUUCCUUCAGGGUUUUAUUUUUGAUUUUUUUUUUUUCUCGUUGGCCAUUUCUGUUUUGCUGGCAUCUGUGCUAAGCCUUACAGUGGCAAAAAUAAUGACAUGUAGCAAAGAUUUUAAAACAAGAAAUUUUUCCUUUUGUAAAA